AUGGCGUCAGUCAUCUCUCUCUCAAACGCAAUCGGAUUCUGUAGCAGCAAAAAACACAAUACCCUCUCUUUCCGUUCAGAAGGAGUUGACAUGAAGAUUCUUUCGCGGCGGCACGGUUGUUCAAAAGUUGGAAAUGGCCAAAGAUGUGUUCGAUUGUAUGGCCUAUUUGGAGGGAGAAAAGAUAGUGAUGACAAAAGUGAUGACGAACCUUCUAAGGCAGGAAUUCUUGGAAACAUGCAAAACCUCUUUGAGACUGUGAAGAAGGCACAAAUGGUUGUACAAGUUGAAGCAGUGAGGGUGCAGAAAGAACUUGCAGUGGCUGAGUUUGAUGGUUAUUGUGAGGGUGAGCUAGUAAAGGUAACUCUGACAGGAAACCAGCAACCCUUAAGGACAGAAAUCACUGAGGCAGCUAUGGAAUUGGGAUCAGAAAAACUUUCGCUUUUAAUCACUGAAGCAUACAAGGAAGCACACCAGAAGAGUGUCCAGGCCAUGAAGGAAAGGAUGAAUGAUCUUGCACAGAGCUUAGGGAUGCCGCCUGGACUUGGUGAAGGGUUGAAAUGA